CUUUUGUCUGGCAAACAAAACAUAGAUCACGGAGGAGGUAGACUCGGUAUAGAGGAAGAUCUGUAUUUUGGUUUUUAUCAAAAUGGGAGAGAAAUUUGUCCGACCUGGAUAUUCAUCCACCGGAGAGAAAUUACCCAUCUAUCCAAGACCUGAACCUCCCAUCACGUUGAUCGAACAACAGAACCCCCUCACACCUUAUAUAGCACAAGGAAGAGAGAGCGCGACUUCUUUAUUUGGAGGUGCUGCGGGUUAUGUUAAAGAUGGAGUUGGGAGGUGGAUCACAUUUGAGAGAAAGGUAGAGCACCAUGUCAAAGCCGUUUUACCUCCUGACGAACCCCUCCUCCCCGGCUCAAUCUACGUUCUAGUUUCAUCCCUAACCGCUUCCGUCCUCACCCGUUCACGUUCUUUCCCAAUCCGUUUCAUCUCUCCACCACUCUUCGCACUAAUCUCUCUACCUUAUUUCCUCCCUAAAACAUCGCAUAACCUUCAACGUGUAUUGUCCGAUUUGGAAGAUACCCAUAUGCCAGAAUUCUCACAAAGACACGAAAGGUUUGUGUCCACCGGUGUGGCACAUUUCAAUAUGACCUUGGAACGUAUCAAGGGUUCUGGAGAUGAUUUACGUGGAUGGACAAAGGAAGCUGUGGAAGGUGUAGAGAAAAAGACUGGUUUGAGAUUAGGUCAAACUUAUUCUUCGAAAGUUGACAAAGUAGAAGUGGAAAGAGUUGGGGUUUUAGUAGAGGAAAAACCGGUGGGUGAGGUGGUACGUCUUGUUGAGACUAAAGAGAAAAGAGUGGUUUAGAUUUGAAAGAACGAUGCAUACAUCGAUACG